AACGAGUCAGUCACUGAUUCUCUUCCGGGUCAAUCUUGUGUAUGGAUCGCUGGGUCUAGUUGGUCGUGUGAAAAAAAAUACAUAUAUCAACAAUCCACCAAUAUUUGAGUCAUCGUUCUGAUUCUCAUAGCUGUUUAAUCUGUGAUGUAAAUCAUUGUGCGACAGUUUGCUCCUUUCUUUCGCGAGAAACUGGUAUUUUGGUGGACGCAUCGUCUAGCUGUGUGUGGAAGCCGCUUCGCGGGGAAACAAUGUCACGUCCGCGUUCGAGAUCUCCCUUGUAUUCAAGAAUCCCAACUAUUCAUGGGAGGAGAGCGGAAGGAUUAUAUGAUAACCAGAUACAUUCAUCGGUACAGUCUGAUGCGUGGAGAAACCCUGAAUAUGUCAACAAAGUAGAAAGUAGCACACAUUGGAACAAAGAUUCCUAUCAAGGAGAGCAACAUGUUGACCACUGGGCCAAUUUUAUUGAUGCGAUAGAGCAUGCUCAAAAAAGAGGGGCUUCACCUAUGACCAGAUACCACAUGCAGGGUGAUGAAGAAAGGCCGCCCCAUUCUCCAAGGAGGCUGCCUAGGGAAAGGUUACCAUCCCCUAAUCACACACAUUUUGGUGUUGAAGAGCGCUACAGGAUGCCAUCACCAGGCUGGAACAAGAAUAAAGGCGUUGAUAAGGAGCUCAGUUCACAACAUAACCACAGAGAAUCGAGGGACAGGUCUUAUCCAAGACAUCCCGAAGGAAGAAGACAGGACAGGAUGGAUUAUGGAUUUCAUAAUGAAGAAUAUGGCGGUCAAUAUCAAGAAAGGGGCUCCUUUUCAGAGAGGUCAUCAAAGUCAGAUUAUAGGGAGCAUCACCCUCCUUCUGAAGGACUUACAGAUUUUGGUCUGCCGGAUGAGUUCGUUGAGCAUCACAGGGGCUUCAGCCCACGUCGUGCACCUGUCAUUGUCGAACACGAUCAUGGAAUUGCAAAACAAGAUUCAAGGAACCGCGAUCCCCCAAAAAUGAGUGGCAAUCUGAGGAGCAGAGACCCACCUAGGACAAGUGAAACCCAGAGGAAUCGUGAUCGAGAUAGAGACCAAGCCUAUCAAACGCGUACCUUACAAGAUAGACAUGGCGGACGACCAAAUAGUAAUCCCCAAGAGGAAUCAAGAAAGAACUACUCUUCUUAUGGAAGAGAAAUUCAAGGAAGAGAGCGCUUAAGACACAUGGAUCAACCUAGAAUGGAGUCACAUUCAAGAGACUCAGAAGCACGGAGGGAAAUGGAUUUAAGGGAUGUGAGGGAUGUUGAUUUGAGGAACAGAGAAAGAGAACCUGCCCCCGCUUGGGAGGAAGAGAGAUCGCAAAGGAAUCGUGGAAGGAUGAUGGGGCAAGGAGUGGUUCGCCAAAGACCUCAGUAUCACAGGAAGCCAAACACUAAUGUUGGUCCUGCACCUAGAAUGGAUUUCAGUGAACAGGAGACCCUCAAGAUCAAGGUGGACAUGAGUCGCCCCGUUAGGCAAAGCAGUCAUUUAGGAUACUCUUCAGAUAGGCAGUUAUCACUUGACUUAGUCAAUGUGGGUCGACAACGCCUUGAUUUCCUUCCCAUGCUGGAGCAUUCUGGAACUUACAGAGAAUCAGCAGUGCAUUCUGGGACAUUUGCCCAAGAGAUCAUCACCCUUGUGCACCAGGUUAAAGAAAAUUACUUUAGGGGCCAAGGCAUCACACUUAAUGAACGUUUUGCAAAUGGACAGUUUUAUUCACUCCAAGAUGAGUUUAAGGAGGAUGAAGAAGAACAGGAGGAGGAGAUGGGAAACGUGAGGCCAGUCAUGAAUAGGCAACACAGAAUGCCUUCAUCAGAAACUCAGAUCUUCUGCAAGAUAGGGCCGGAUCCACUUCAGAGACGACAGCUUGUCCCCGACCCUAGUGACCUCAGGUAUGACCUGGAGCGAAGAAGACAACAGCGAAUGGAGGGUGUGAAGAUCACCAUUGCUGGGGGAAACUUUGCUCCAGUGGCUCCUGAGGGUCAAGAGAGUGAUCCCUAUGUGAGAGAUGAUCCUGAAGAAGUGGAUGAGAACUUUAGGUGGUCGGAACAAGACCAUGAGCGUGAAAGGCAGUGGGAUGGUCCCCGUCAAAGAAUGCCAGUACCUAACAGACAGAACUUCAAUCCGCGGGGGAAUUUCAAUCGGAAAAGCAGACCACGGGGACGGAGGACUUGAAAUAGUGGUGAGGAAAAUGUGGCAGUGCGUGAGAAGAAAGUCAACAAUUCAGACCUGAGGUCACUUGUGCGCAACUGUGUUUUUGUUGUGUCCGUUUUGAUAUUAGAACUACCAAGACCUUGAUUCAAAGUCCACUGCUUCUCCACAUUUGGUGGAUCUUUUUCAUCCAUUUUUUAUUCACCCACUACCAUUUGUUUGAUUUAAGGAAACAGCUUGUAAAGAUUAUUUGAUUUGAAGAUGGAAACAAAUGUAAAUAGGACACCUCAAUGGGCAAGUUAAAGUGAUAAAGAUUAAGUAUCACCUUGCCCUGCUCUCAUCCUGAAAUAAUGCUAUUCUUCAUUAUCAGUGGAGUAACUACAGUUUAGUUUUUGAUUUGAUAUUCCACAAUAUUUACAAGGCACAAAUUACAAUUUAUACAAUAUGUAAAUUUAAUUGCUAAUUAAAUUUUGAAAUUCAAUUGCCAUUUCAUAGCAGUACGCAACACAUGGAUAGUUUUGCUUUUAUACUAAAAUACAGACUUUUUGUCGUACCUACAUAUGACAAAAUAAUUUCAUAUUUGAUGUAUCCUGCUGUGUAAACUCAAAGUAGAAAAUAAAAUCUAUUUGUGCCAAAACAUUC